AUGUCGAAGCCUCACUCCUCGGGGACGGCGUCGUCUCCGUUUGUCAACAGCCCGUCGCGGAAAGCCGACAUUUCAAGAGAAUAUGCAAAGCAAAACGCCAAAAUCGACAGCCAGCUUGAAAUUUCAAAAUUGAAAUAUCAGUUGGAGUCGAUGCAAACGGAAAAGAAACUCUGGGAGCAGGAACGAGAGUUCAUAACUUCCAAGUACGAAGACGCGAUAAAGAAAAAGAAUGAAGAACUCAAGCAGUUGAAAUUGAAUUUCGAUUUCGUCUACAACGAGAACCAACAGUACGAAUCCAAGAUCAAAAACUCGGCUGACAUAUCUCAAGCCAAAAUCGCCGAACUUGAACGGGAAACACGGGCUUUGAAGCUGAGCAAUCUGGAGUGGGAAGGCAAGUACAAGAGUCUCGUUGAAAAGAAUGACCGGUUGAUACGGAAACAUAAACAAGUCACCAACGACUGGAAUACCCAAAUACAGCUAAAUGAUAAUCUAUCGAAAGCGCUCGCGGCAAAGGAAAAGAUACUCGAGAGCCUACAACAAUCUAACAGAGACUCAGUUGAGAAGCUAGAACAGUUUACAAAGUUGCUCAAGCGAGACGACUCCAUGCUCACCAUUAACCAGAAUAUCGUUUCCAAAAACGAGGACCUCAAGCGCACCAACAAUCAGUUGAGAUUGAAAAUUGACCAGCUUCUACAGGGAAAGACGUCGUUGGAACUUGUGCAGCAGAAAAACAUUAGCUUGCAGAAUAAACUCGCCGAGUAUGAAGACAUGCGCGUCAAGUGCUACAAGUUGGAAGUUGAAAAAGUGGAGAUCGAAGCCCGCUACAAUGAGUAUUUCAAUAGUUUGAGUGCCGCGAUUGUCGACGGCGAGCAUCCUGCCGCGGAAGACGACGACGUGACCAAGACGUUGAAAGUAAAGAAUUUCGUUAGCACCUUUAAGGAUCUCCAGGCCCGCAAUUUAACUAUGAAGGUGAAAUACGACUCCAAAGUGAGCGAAGUCAAUGAAUUAAGGCAAGAGCUCGAAGAUUCAAUCAAGGAGAUUGAGAAGGAGUAUCUACCUGCAAUCACAAGCUUGCAAGAAAACUUGAAAUCUCUGUCUGCUCGAGUCGUUGAUUUGGAAAGACAAAAGUUUUUAGCUGGCAAAGAAAUCGAGGCAUUGAGACUACAGAUUAAAAACUUGGAAAACUUGUUUGGCAAAGCCCAGGCUGACCAGCGUAGUAGCCACAUGGAACAGUACGUUAGCAACUUGGAGAAAGUAGUUGAAGAGUACAAGUUGAAAUUUGAGGAAAUGCAAUCAAACCACACCGCCGCUGAUGGUGGUGGUGGUCGUGGUGGUGGUAGUGAUGAUUUUAUACCCACCAUCGGCAGCAAGCGACAGCAUAACGAGGCACAUAGUUUUAGAAAGACGGCUGCCGACUUGGAAAAGGAAAACCUCCGCCUCACUGCCGAAUUAAAGAGACUAGAGUUGGAACAGAAGGAGUUUGAGGAAAAGCUAAGGUCGCGGAACGUUAUUGAUGAAAAGCAAGAACUGAUACGCGUCUUGGAACACAAGAACAACUUGCUUGCUAAGGACCAAUUUGUCAAGCGGGAAACGCUAGAUGCACUCCGCAAGGAAAACGAAAGUUUGAUCAACCAAUACGUUCGCUUUCCAAAAAAGGAAACCGACGCGGUGGACCUUAUCCCGAAAGCACUAUUCGAGAGACAAGAGGAUGACAAGGCCAAUCUCAAAUUGAAAAUUGACGAGUUGGCCAAGCGAUUGCAGCGGCUAAGAGAAGUUUACACUUUGAAAUCUAGGGAUAUACUCGUGGUCAUUUCGAAAUAUUUCGGCUACUCGAUUGAAUUCCUCCCCAGCACAAUCAACCCCGUGGAAUUUUCAUCGCGAUUGAAAUUGGUUUCCAAGUACAUGCCCAAGGAAAAAAACUCAUAUUUGAUCAUUGACAUUGACAAUAAAUCGUUGAAAGCGUUUGGAGACUAUGACUUCAAGCUCUUGUGCGAGGACCUUGCAAAUCAAUGGGUUUCGAAGAACCAGUUCCCUUGCCUUCUUAGUGCUUUAAAUUUGAAAUUAUACGAAAAAAUGUUUACAUAG